CUUGUAUGCUAUUGAUGAAUCCUGAGUUCAAUGGUAAUAGUCAAUAAUCUUGAAUACAUUGCUGGCCUCUCGACCAAAGCCUGACUCUUCGCCGGGGCUGAUGAAUGACCCCUGUUGGUGCAGGCAGCAGCCAUCUGAAGGCUGCUGACCGAACAGAUCUCACCCACUUCACAGCGACGAAAAGGUCCCUAUCUCAUAGUUGUGGACAAAACCAUAUUCCCAAGUCAAUUUUUGGGUUGAGAUAGCUCAGAAUUUCGACAUGGCGACGUCUUCUAUCUAUCAGGGCCCAGGGCAUGGUCGUAUUCGGCUUCUGAACCUCCAUCCAGGUGACCUGUUUGAUCCUCUAUCAUGCUCUUUUCAAGAGCUUUCACUGGAGUCACCUCCCAGCUUCGAGGCCGUCUCUUAUGCACGAGAGGCAUCAUGUGCUUCUGAAAGCCUGAUUGUGCAAGAUAGCGCGUCUAAUGGAAGCUCCAAAGUCAUCCCAAUCUCGUCGGAGGCUGCGUCUCUUCUGUUCUUCCUUCGCAGCACUGUCGACACACGUACACUAUGGAUCUUUGAGGUCUGCGUCGACCAGGCGGAUUUAUCCGAGAAGAGCACUCAAACAAACCUCAUGCGGCAAACUUUUGAAAGCGCAGCACGCGUGAUAUUCUGGCUAGGUCCCUCUGCUGGGGAUGGCAGCAGUGAUCGCGCGAUCACGUUCCUCAAGAGAAUGGCGAUGCAUAGGAAAUACAAUGAUCGAGGCGAAUACCUUGAUGGUCGAAGGGUUGGCUCCGACACAAGCUCUGAGUGUGGAGUAGGGAGGCAGGCGGGAAUAUCAGACGACGAGGCGGGAGACUACGAUGAUGAAGAGGACGAUGAGGGCUACGAGAGCGGAUCCCUUUCUAAAAAUGACCCCGACGUCGUCGAUAACAGCAGUUCUUCCACGGUCUCAUCUGAUACCCGGGCCUAUUUGGAGAGGGUCGACACACCAGUGCCGCUUGUGUUACCUACCAAACUUCUCCGGUCUAAAAUCCGUCAAGUAUUUUCUGGCAUCAUAUGGUUUCUUCGAAGCAAGUACCGACACUACUUUGUCUACGGCUACUGGAACCCAUACCGAGCUUUGAGAAUCAGCAAAGCCUGGGAAAGGGCUAUGGCAGCGUGGGAGCUAAACCGGUCACGAGUGGGCCAUAUCGCUUUCGGCAGACCCGUUCUUUACGAGAACCACAUGGAAUACUUCUUCCAGGAACGCUACAAAGCGGACUGGGAGUAUGUUGACAAACUUCUUCAGAACCCAUGGCGGAGCCGGACGUGGACUGUUCCAGAGGUCUGGUGUGCCAAUGAUCGAGCAAUCAUCCAGUGCGGGCAGCGAACGAUCAAGUGGAGGACCUUGCAAAAGGCACUGCCCUUUGCGGAAGCCUGGGAUGACGUGAGAAAGACGAUGAUCGAGACAGGAGAUGGGCGCAUCAGCGAUUGGCCGGACCUAAAGGGUCGAUACGCCACUGCUCUCCACCUCCUGAAGGAACGACUCAAGAAUGGGAAAUUAUCAGAUCUCUUGUGGAACACUUGGGCUAGAGAUGCGGCCGACCCUCGAGACAAGGUGUUUGCGAUGCUCAGCCUCGCCGGUAGCUUGCGGGGCCUGUCCAAACCUGACUACAAAAGGUCCGUCAAGCAGGUGUUCUGCGGGGCAGCAAGAGAUAUCAUCCGUGGCAAAACCAGUCUGGAGAUACUGUUGGCGGCUGGAAGGAUAAAGAGACAAGAUGAAGAAAUCCCAUUGCCGAGCUGGGUGCCUGACUGGCGUAGAGAACACAGCCCGCUCAAGGGACGGCCGAAGCCUCUGGUUGACCGAUCUCGUAUUCAUUCUCUCUUCGUCACUGGGUCUAUCGAAUCUCUUGUUGUCAAUGGACAUGGCUUUACGGCCUGCUCAAGCGCAGUACCUGUUGCUUGGUUCAGCCAUGACCUGGAGAGGCUACAUGUUCGAGCUGUAUUCAUCGACGAAGUGGACUCAGUCACUCCUCCACAUGGGCCGAGACCUGAUCUUGGCGUCAAAAACACCGUAAAUGAUGCGUGUCUUGUUAGUCAGGUCGCAUUCUUUGAUGGGAAGCCUCCUUGGUGGAGCAAGGAUGAGAAGGAUGGAUUGCCCGGCCUUGUCAAGAGAGUCCUGAUGGCUGGUUCUCGUGGUAUGAUGGAUGAAGAAGAAGCCAUAGGGGAGACUAUGGCAUUCCGGCGCUUCUUCGUCACUGGGACGCAGCGCUAUCUUUGUAUUGGACCUGAGGGAACAAUGCUAGGAGAUCAGAUCUUCGUUGUUGCUGGGUGCAACCUGCCCCUGGUUCUGCGGGAACACAAGCGGGCAACACAAAAUGGGACGACGCUAUAUGAACUAGUAGGAGAGGCUUAUGUUCACGGCAUCAUGAAAGGGGAAGCCAUCGCAACCAAGAAAGCCAAGCUCGGAUGGGAGAGCUUAGCUUGGUGGCGACCCCCAAGGGAGAAGGAAGUCUCUUGGGAGGAUUUGGUCAUUCAGUGAGAAUUUGAGACAGAACUACACGCCUAUCAAUGCCUAGUCUACUCACCCAGCAACAUUCUGAGGUAUCCUCAACAAUACCUAGUCUAUAGAUGUAGCAAAUCGAAGAGAAGUGGAAUGAGAACGAAGCGGCACCCUCAGCUUGGACUGAGCCGCCGAGGACGGCGGACUUCCACUCUCGAAAUUCAAUGUCACAAAAGUAUUCCGUCGAAUCUAUCCUAGUGCCAAAAUCUACGGCUCCUUUACAUCAAAGAACUAGAUUCACCUAUCUGGCGUCACCGGUUGACGGUUUAUCAUUAUUGGUGAACGGUGAUGUCAAGCGGGGAAGUGGGAGGC